UACAAGAGCAACUCUUUGCCUUCCCAUAUCUCUUGUAUUGGGAACGUGAAUAUAGUUAUUUUGAUUCUGGCCAUCUAUAUCCAUAAGAAUAUGUUUUAUUCAAAUGAAAAUGGCCCUUGCAUUUCAAUAUAAAAAUGAAUAGAAAUACAUAUCUCGUAGCUUAAAGCAGGAGAGUGGUUAGGGAAUUUGAUUUGCAUCGCUAUUACACCGAAUAGACGAGGAGGUCCAAAGACAAAGAGCAGAGAUGUCUGAAGCAGCAGAAGAGAGGUACCGUGUGGGCUACGCUCUCCCACCCAAGAAGGUGGAAAGCUUCAUCCAACCCUCCCUCCUCCAUUACGCCAACCAAAACGGCAUCGAUCUCAUCCCAAUCGACCCCCAAACACCCUUACAACAACAAGCCCCUUUCCACUGCAUCAUCCACAAACUCCACACCCCACACUGGACCCAACACCUCCACCAAUUCUCCCAACAAAACCCUAACACCCUUAUCAUCGACCCCCCCGAGUUCAUCCAACGCCUACGCAACCGCCUUUCCAUGCUCCACCCCCUCAAACACUUGCAAAUCUCCCUCCAAAACGCCACCGUUGCGGUCCCCAACCAACUGCUCCUCAACGACCCCAAAUCCUUCGACGCCCACAAAAUCCAAGAGCUGGGUUUCCGAUUCCCGGUGGUCGCCAAACCCUUGGCGGCGGACGGCGGCGCCGGUUCGCACGAUAUGUGCCUGGUCUUCGACCGCGAGGGGCUCGACGCGUUGAGCUUUCCCACGGUGCUGCAAGAGUUUGUGAACCACGGUGGAGUUCUGUUCAAGAUUUAUGUGGCGGGGCAGCGCGUGAAUUGCGUGAGGCGCAAGUCUUUGGCUGAUAUAUCCGAAGAGAAGCUGAGAACGUUGACGGGGGCGAUGCCGUUUUCUCGAGUAUCGGAUUUGGGCGUUGAAGACGGUGGCGCCGAUGCUGAGAACGCCGAAAUGCCUCCGCAGAGUUUGGUGGGUGAGUUGGCGAGGGGGUUGAGGGAGGCAUUGGGGCUUAACCUUUUCAACGUUGAUGUGAUUAGAGAUGCGAAAGAUUCGACGAGGUACCUCGUUAUUGAUAUCAAUUACUUUCCCGGCUACGCAAAAUUGCCCUCUUAUGAGCCCUUUAUUACCGAUUUUUUGUUGGAUGUUGUUCGCACCAACACUGCAUAGAAUGAUCGGUGGUGUGACUUGAUCAUUUGAAGUUCCACCACUCUCAGCUGCACUGUGCAAUGCUCUUCCAUAAAAUCUGGUUUGUACGAUGGUAUAAUUGGAUUGGUUCAUAAACCCUUCGCUUGGAACACUACAAAACCCACUUAUUCCACAUUUUUCUAAGAAUAAACUCUGAAUUUCAUUUCAUCAAAAUGCAAAAACCUCAUCAUGAUCUUCAAUAAACCAUAAAUGUCAGACUUCAUUAAUCCUUAGGCAUCAGACACGGUUGUUUAAUUUUUUUAGGGACUCGCAAUCCGUUACCGCAAUAUUCAUGUUGAAAUUUGGGGGGUUUAUGAAGAAUUAAGCAUUGAUACAUAUAUUAUAAAAAAUACAUAUUGUUAAACAUGGAUGGUGCUCGUCUUCUAGGCCGUGUCUUUCUUGAUAAUACCAUCGACUCGGAGUUGCUUCAGAAUCUGGUUCUAUGCUUUCAUACCUUGUGUAUAAGCUUUAUUCUACUACUAUAUCAUAUUAAAAAUCACCAUGAAUUUUCAUUCGUCAAUAAUAAAAAAGAAAAGAUCUUUAUUAAAGAACAACUCCUCACCCCACAUGUGGUGCUGUCAUUACGCAUCUUUAAUUUCCUGUAGGCCAGAAUAUGUUCCAUCAUACAUGUCGUUACUGUUUUUAUUUUUAUUGGUUGACAUUCAAAAUCGAAUCUUUAGGCACAUUCCAAAAUACAUUAUAUUCUGAUAGUUCAAAAUUAAUUUUACCAAAUAUCAUUUCCAUUUUCCACCCAAUUUUAAAAUAAAAAUGUUAUACCCUAGCAUGCCCCUACACUUGAGCACUUCAUAUUCUUGAUACUUAACCUACUAAGUCAAGGACAAGGACUUCUACACUAUACAAAUUCACCAAAAAAAAAGGAAAAAAAAAAGGAAAAAAAAAAGUGCAUUACAAACAUAGGACUCUG